AUGAUCGUCCCUCGUUUUCUAUUCCUCUUACUCACCGCCAUCUUUUACGUCACAGCCUGUGCUUUACCCUACUCUCACAAACCAACGGUAUAUAUCAUUCGUCAUGGCGAGAAACCCCCCAACCCGAACGAUAGCGGGUUGAGUGCCGAGGGUGUGAAGCGAGCCCAAUGUCUCCGAGGGGUCUUCGGGGACUCCUCACCCUACGAUGUCGGGUAUAUCAUGGCCCCAAAGGUCAACUCCAAGGGCCAACACAGGCGCUCCCAUGAGACCGUCCUCCCACUUGCCGACGAUCUCGACCUCACUGUGGACACAUCGUGCAAGCGCAACCGGGUACAUUGCGUCGCGAAGAAGAUCCGAAGAUAUCGAGGAUGCGGCAACAUCUUAAUCUCCUGGCGACAUGGGAAAAUGAAGGAGAUGGCCCAGGAGCUAGGCGUGGAGGACCCGCCGGAGUAUCCAGAUGAUCGGUUUGACUUAAUCUGGACGAUUCCGUUCCCAUAUAACAAAAUCAUGGACGACCAAUGGCAACGCAAGAAGCAGACCAAAGAGGAAGCCCGCGAGGCUAAGCGAGCCAAAUUGGACCCGGACUCUGCCAAAACCGCCAAAGACGUGAUGGACGAGAACGCUCGGAAACGUAAGCGGGAAGAAGAACAGAAUGAGUCUGGCUCGUCCGAUGCCGAAGAGCUGGGCUCGGAAAUUCCCAAAGAGGGGCUCAACAGAGGCGACGCCAACUCCAAGAAGCAGAAGCAGACUGAAAAGUCGGAACGCUCGGAUAAGGCUUCAGCGAAGUCUAAUGAGGAUGCCGAGGCCCGCAAGAAGCUGAAGGAGGAGAAGCUGGCGCAGAAGAAGGCCAACCAGAAGGAAAAGAAGAAGGCCAAAGAUACUGCUAGAAAAGAAAAGCAAGCUGAGCAGCAGAAGAAGGACACCAAGACCCCUGCGGCCGAAGCCGUGCAAAAACCAGAGCCGAAGCAGAAGCAAACUGCCGGCCAGGAAGCAGAUGAUAGCGACGACGACGUCGACGGAGAUGCCGUCGCCGAGGGGCUUUCCCUCGAGUUCAACCCCGAGCCGACAGAGCCCUCGGGCUCGUCAUCGCCAAACUCCCCAGACUUCGACACGUCGAAUCCCCAAUCGGGUAGCUCUUCUAUAUCUUCCAUCGUCCCUCCUUCCGACCCUAAUGAUGCUUCCAAAACCUCAUCCACCGAACCCAAGCCUCUUAAGCCCACACCCGAUGAACUCAAGCAACGGUUACAGAAACGGCUCGACGAGCUACGGGCCAAGCGCCACGCCGAUGGUCUCAACGGCAAGCCCGCUCGAAACCGCCAAGAGCUAAUCGAAGCGCGCCGACAAAAAGCCGAACAGCGCAAGGCUCACAAGAAGGAGCUGCGACAGAAGGCCCGGGAAGAGGAGCAGCGGGCCAACGACGAGGCCAUGGCUCGCCGCUUCUCGCCCGGCGGCUCAGGAUCGCUCCUCGCCUCACCCCGCUCGCCUGCCGACUCCGUCGGCUCGAACAACAACUUCUCCUUCGGCCGCGUGGUCUUCGCGGACGGUAACGUCGCCGACCCUACCCUGUCGUCUGCUCGGGACGCCCACAAGCGCAGCGGCCCCCACGAUCCCGCUGCCGCCCUCAAGGCCGCCGAGGCUAAGAAGGCCCGCCUCGCAGGACUCGACGAGGAGAAGCGGACUGACAUCGAGGAGAAAGACAUGUGGCUGAACGCCAAGAAGCGCGCCCACGGCGAACGGGUCCGCGACGAUACCUCCCUUCUCAAGAAGGCGCUCAAGCGCAAGGAGACCGCCAAGAAGAAGUCCGAGCGUGAGUGGAAGGACCGCCUCGAGGCCGUCAAGCGCGGCAAGGACCACAAGCAGAACAAGCGCGAAGAGAACCUGCGCAAGCGACGCGACGAGAAAGGCAGCGGCGGUGGCGGCAAGAACAAGAAACCCGCCGGAGGCAAGAAGAAGGCCAGACCCGGCUUCGAGGGAUCGAAGGGUGUCGGCAAGAAGAAAUAA